AUUUGACAGAACAAAACAACGUGGCAGACGAUGCUGGCGGAACUAUCUGAGCCUCAGCAGGAUUACAGUGUCUGAUAUUAUCCAGAAGACGGAGAUUCGAGUCGACGAAGUAACAAGUGGCCCCUUUCACCAACCUCGCUGCUCACUCGCCUUGAUAGUUCUGACACGUCGACUCGGUGUUCGUGGAAAAUGUCUAACAUUUACGCCACGAUGAAAUCGUGCCUGUACAAGGGCCCAGGUUCAGAGCAGGUUGAAGUGAUAACCAACGCUGAUGACAUCAAGGAAACUGACGCCCCAGAAUACUCCUCCAAUAAGAAAACUGAUGAAGUGACAGACCCGGGGAAGCAGCCAGGUUUGUUAUGGCGCAUGUCGAGCGGCAUAUACAGCACAGCGUCAGGUGCUGUAGGCUACGGCUAUGGAGGCGUCAAGUGGGUUGCAGGCAAGACGUACGACGUGGGAUCUACAGUUGCCAGUAAAGUCCCCAGACCACCCAUCCCCUUCGUGAAGAAGAAGGACAAGAACGAGUGACGUAUUGAAGCAGAAGCCUUUUGUUUUAUCAGUUAUUGCCAUGAUGUUUUGAUUGUACACAUGUUAUACAUUUAUGAUUUUUUUGCAUUUGAGCAGGCUUUUGAAUUUCAUGCUGAUUAAUGCAACCCCCAAGCCUUGCAUAUAUAUCCAUCCAUUUUAUUAUAAAUGCCUCAUUGUUUAUUGACACAUUGUUUCGUGACAGGGUUCCAGCGUUUGGUCUCUUCAGAUAGAUAAAGAGAAUUAAGACUCAUUUCAUUCUGUAUGAUAUCAGAGCUGUUGUUUGUGACAAAUCACUGAAAUCAAAUUGUUUUGGUAGAUCAGUGUUGUUCCCUUCAAUGAUAGAAGACCUCUCUCUAAGAGAAAAAAGACAUGUGGCCUUGUUAAUAGCUGAGUCAAAGAUGUUUUGGGAUAUCAGCUUCCUUAUUUGCUAAGGACAACAUUUUGGAGUUAAGUCUUACUCCCCUUUUUAAGUGUUAAAAGCUGAUUUGAUAACCGUCCAUAUUCACAAAUGUUGGCAUACCCUCCAUACCUGCAGAAUAUAUAGAAAAGGUGUCAUUAAGCAUGUCUUUCACAUAAGAAAUCAUUUGCAGUAACCAGUAAUUCCACUGAACAUGCUGAGAACAUGUAUGUUGUUGAACAUUCAGUUUUGAUGAUAUCAUAGCCAAA